UGAGGACGAGCUGCGGGUUUAGGUUCCCCCCCACAAACACGCCCUCCCGCUCCUUCCUUGACGCACGCGCUGACGCCCGCGCUUACGUUCCAGGAAGUAAAAGUAAACAACGGACUCCAGGAGGAAAAUGCAAUUUACCCGUCCAAGUUGGCGCCGUCGCUGUGAUUUCUCGCCCCUCGUAUUCAUGAUCCAUGAAGGUAUUACAUUUCGAGAAGACAGGCCCAGUUAAACGCAGACCGAGAGCCGGUCAAACUCCCCGCAGAGCUGAGAGGAAGCGCAUGCGGCAGCCGCUAAAUGGGAGCUAGCCCGACAUGGCAAUUUUCUGUCUGAGUUUGUUUACGAGAUGAGAUCCCCUCAACACAAUGACUUAAGCACGGCUCGUCGACGUUAGAUUUAGCAAUGUUAGCCAUCAGAUCUUCAGACGAGGAGUCCACAGAGAUUGAGGAGAUGGACACCUCAGAGCCGAACUGGUGCUGGUUCUACUUGGCCGAGUGUGGCGUCUGGCACAUGUUUGAGAUUGAUCCCAGCGCGGCCUGCUCGGUGACCAGCGCUCAGAUUGAACAGUGCUACAGCAGGAACCAACGUGGGGUCAUGGAAUUCUACACAGCCAAAUACACGUACAGACUGGACUUCUCCGUGAUGCGGCAGAUAAACGUAACGACGGGAAAACAGAGGCCGAUCAAACGCUCCCUGCACUCUGCCACUGGCUUCAGGUUCAUUUGUGAUAAUCUGGCUUUGCCUGUGCCCUGUCAUUGGGAGAGGAUCAAUACGGAUGAGCCCUAUCAGCUGAUCCAGCUCGGCAGAGACACGUACGAGUUUAAGGAAGUGGCCAGACUGUACGAGAGGACGAUGGACCAUCCAAUCAAAUCCAUUCAGAGGAUUCAGAACUUGGACCUAUGGGAGUUCUUCUGCAGGAAGAAAACACAGUUGCGAAAAGUCAAGCGCACUCUGGAUAUUGAAGAGCGAAUGCUGUUUCAUGGUACAGGACACAGCAACAUACAAGCUAUUUGUACGUUUAACUUUGACUGGCGUCUGACAGGGAGUCAUGGUGAUGUUUAUGGCAAAGGGAGCUACUUCGCCCGGGACGCCAAAUACUCCAGUAAAUUCUGCCACACCACCGGGAAACACAACACCACCCUGCAGAGGCACGGACUCGCUCUGCCCAUAUUUGCCAACGAGCCGCCCUAUAAGACCAUGUUCCUGGCCAGAGUGCUUGUCGGAGAGUACACGGUCGGCCACCCCAUGUACUGCAGGCCGCCCUCCAAGGACGCCAGCUUCACCAACUUUUAUGACAGCUGUGUGGACGAUAUGGCCAACCCAAAGAUCUACGUCAUUUUCGACAGCAAUCAGAUCUACCCGGAGUAUCUGAUCGAGUUCUACUGAUGUUUAACUCGGGAAGAGUUGACACACAUGGUGGAAUGAAAUGGGAGAAAGGGGGAGGACUAUAGCGGUCACGUCCAGUGAGUAACUGGAGCAUCGGAGUCUUCAAAGUGCCUUUGCAAAUUUGAAAAGCCGGGGAAAGGACGGAGGCAUUCUGCACCUUCUGCUCCAAGGUCAACGUACUGACCCGCGUGCAGUUUUGUAGUAUAUUCCACGACGCUUGUUGCACAGUCUGUUCGGUGUGUCUUGGGAGUUUUGGAGAUUUAAGGCAAUGUCCAUACUCUGGCCCCACUUCUUCUUUUUGAUCCACAGUGCCAUACAUAUGCCUAUUUCUAAUACCAAAAAUAUGUUCUGGUCUCAUUCUUACCCACGUGUCAGUUUUGUUCCUCCAAAAGACUGCGAGUACCCGCGUUUGUGACCGCCGGUUUACAUACCGUCACGUUGGCAUUCAUUUCAUAAUAAUCGGUGGCUUUUAUGGUGAUUUAUUUGAAACUCUUCUUCUUCCGAGGUAGGGUUGUUGUACAACAUACCGACACAAAGAUGCAAUGGGCAUAAGCUGCGUGCACAAAUUUGGAUUUAUUUGGGAUUUUCUCUAAUCAAUGGUCAAAACUAUACAUAUAGGCAUAAAUGUAUCAAUCCAUCCCCAUUCAUUUCCAGAAUACUACCCCUUAGUAAAGUACAUAACACUGAUUUUGUCGUGAACAACAAGGUCCGGGCAUUAUUUUGACAAGAUCAUGGCCCUUACUUCUUUCCAGAAAUGGCAAAGCAUAUUUAAAUUGGCUGGUUUGCUUUCACGUACCCAUCUUUUAGCCGUAGCUAUAGUUUGGGCCGUUCCAAUAACUUCACGUUAGGUCGCUUUACCUUUACAGCACACCCAACUGUGUCCAUGACUCAACCAUCUGACCUGAACCUCAGGUGAAAGAACAUUGGUUAGGAUUUCUAAGAACAACCUAGGAACCACCAAGGCUUAAGCACAGUGGUGGCAGCGUCAUGCUGGUGGUCUGUGGCGUUGCCAGCGGUACAGGUUGAUCGCAAAAAGGUGGGGAGAGUCAAGACGGAGGAAGAUGCAUCCUUAUUCUUCAACUUUACAACAAAUCAACAGCUAAAUGUCUGAAACUUGGACACAUUUGGAUGUUUUUACAUUCAAUGAGCUCCACCCCGUCGAUCAUUUAUAGGCAAUGCUUAAAAGGUGUAUCUUUGCUUGAAAAGGAACCAAUUUAAGUGAACCCUACUGUAUCUCAUUAAAAACAGCACUUUAAUCAUUAUCCAGAACUGUACCAGAACCUUGUUCAUGGUUGCAAAAAAGCAUGGUGGUUUCUCUGGAACUUCCCAAAGGGCAUUAAGGCAACAUUUAUCGAGGGUGGACUUAUAUGUUUGAGGGUGCAUGUAAAAUGUUGAGCCAUUGACAAAAGAAAUCCACUUUAAAUUCAGAUUUGUGCCCCAGAUUGGUGUUGUUGAAAUGAAUUGAAGUUUGUCGUAUAAUCCUUCCAGCGUGGAAAAAAGAAGGGUUCCAAAUGCAUCAUCUGGUUUGACACUCAUGCAGGUAAUGAGUGUGUGUAGACGUCUGACUGGUGCUGUAGCGCCGUGUACUUCAACAUAGCAAUGAAAUAGGCUUUAUUAUACCGCCAUGAUGCCAGUAUGAUAGCCACAGCAACAGCUACCAGACCCUCUUACUGUCACCCAUCAGUAUUUAUUAUUUAUUCGUGACCUUUUGACUGAGUUUUCUCAUAAUAAGCUUCUACCUCUGUGUUGUUUAAAACCAUACAUCGGUCUACUUUUUACCCUUUCUAUGAAAGGUUUUACUUCUGUGUCACUUUGACACAAAGUUGUAAUGUUAUGUUCGUCCGGAGCUCCUAAGUGUAUCUUUUGAGGUUUUGACGACUAAGCCUAAUUUGUAUUUUAUUUUAUUUUGUUGCUAAGCUUUUUGCAGCUUAGUUCAUUUCAGUAAAAAAAAAUAACAGACAAAGAAACAAGAUAAGCAUCACAUUGGAAACAAGAGUCCUAUAAGUGUGAGAUCAUCACCAACUGUCCCUGAGGAAAACAAGUUACCUUUUGCACCUGGAGUAAAUUUAACCUGUUAAGUGUUGCCAGCACAUACAGUGCUUUGUAAAAGUAUUUAUGAAUGGGACUUACCCCAUUUUGUCUCCUUACACUGAAAAAUUGAAUGUAUUUUAUUGGGAUUUUAUGUGAUGGAAAGCCAAGAGUUGCAGGAUCCAUCCAUUUGUUGUCUAUACCAGCCUACCCUUGCAAGCGUGGCAAAUGCGUGCCACGCUUCUCAGAAAAUUAAAAUGUAUAAUUUUCUUGCCACUUCUCAAUUAUGCACUACUUUUUGUUGCUCUACCAAAUAAAAUUCCUAUGAAAUACAUGAAAAUUUGCAGUUGCAGCAAAGUGUAAAAAUGCUCCAGGACAAUAAAUACUUUUGGAAGCCACUCUAUGUACUGUAAUAACAAGUAAUGUUGCUUAAAAUUGUAAUAUUGCUUUUGCUGUGUGCAUUUUAAGGGAUUAUUUGGAUGACUGUUUCAGAGCUUUUUGGCGUAGAUGACAUCAGCAGGUAUGAGAGUGGACCAUUUUAGCUUUUCUCAUGUGCAGAAGCCAGAGACAAAAUGUUACUGUAGUUCUUAACGGAUAGCUUUGAGAGCGUGAGUCGGAUUCGUGGAAAAAGCUGUGUGUUUUCUGUGUGUACGUUGCACAGUGUAAUAAAUUUUUCAGCACAGA